UGUCAGAUCCGAAGGCGGAGUACAUCGGCACCGAGCCUUGGACACCGAAGGAAGCUCUGGAGGGCGGAGAGAUCACGGACAAGGCGGACAUCUUUGCAUACGGGCUGACGCUGUGGGAGAUGAUGUCGCUGGCCAUGCCUCACCUGGAGCUGCUGGAGGGUGAGGACGACGAAAAAGAAGUAGAGGAAGAUGAAGACCAAUCGUUGGAGGUCAGUUUCGACGAGGACGCGUACUACGAUAGGUUGGGCACGCGGCCGGCGGUGGACCUCGAGGCUCUCGGCAACUCGUACCGGAGGAUGGUGGAGCUCUUCUACCUGUGCACUGAGGGAGACCCCGUGAGAAGACCCUCAGCCGCACAGAUCCUCCAGGCUUUAGAGAGCAACGUCCCGCUGAAUAUAAACCCCAGCGAGGUCAUCGUCAUCGACUAGAUCUGCAAGUUAGUUAUCUAGUUUAGGAUCCAGACUAUUAUUUAAAGGCUGGUUUAAGAUGUAUUGCGAAUUUCUCUUAUUUACUAUCCAGAAAAUGUAAAUGUUUCAGAUCUGGACCAAAUGUAGAAAAACACCAGGCGCUAAAUGGUUGAUUUUGGCGUGAAAAACAAAUCUUUAUACUGAGUGUAAAUGUUUCUACUUACUGUUUGUGUUAUAUUUGUUUCUGCACUUCUGUAAACAUUCAUGUCUCGAUCAAACUCUUGAGCUAUCCUGUGUUUAUCUUCUUUGUAUGUUGCGCUUAUGUAUUAUCGGCUAUAAUAGAAUUAAAGAAAUAUAGAAUGAA